CUCCCCUACCACCGAGGACGCAGGCGAAUGCCAUCUCUUUCGACCUCGGCGAUGCCCUCGGCGAUGCCCUUCUGCGCAGGUAAGCUUUUUGAUCCGUCAUCGCCCGUAAAGAAGAUUAAUGGCUGUUCAACCACGCUCUUGUAUGAAACGCCCUCUGGCUUCGCAAUUAUAUCUUGUGAUGGGGUCAACCCCAACAUUCCAAUGGAGGACAUCUGGGCAUACCCACCAGAGAAUGUCAGGGUGGUGAAAUUCAUUGAGUUUGAGGACAAGUCUACUGCCAUUGACCUUGCCAAGGAAAUUAUUGAUAACAAACUGUCUGACAUGCUCACCGAGUUUUGUGGCUCUGAGCAGAAACUACUUGUUGGCCGUGCUGAAUAUAAAAGAAUAAUUGAAAGGAAGCUGGCAAUAACCUGUCAGCAUGAUGAUAUUGUGGAGCAGAUGAUUUGGGGUCUAGAGAAUAUCAUGCAUAAUCUAUUGCCUGAACAAACAUCAGAGCCGAGGGAGUACCGCUGCCUCAAUAGCAAAGGAUUAAUCCUUUUCUUACGUCAAUAUGGCUUUCUUGUCAAAGAAGAGUUGAUUACUGAAAGCUUCGUUGAGAUGGCUUGUCGCUUGUAUCAUUUCGAGUUAGGUGAACAGAAGAACUUGGAUUCAUUGUGCAGUACAAUACAGGAAUUGGUUGGCGUAUCAUCUCUCACUAAGGAUUGGAGUUUACUCAAAUUGGCAACAGCUCUGAAGUUUCUUGUUUACCCUAAACAAUCGUAUGAAGUUUGGAAACCUUCUGAGAUUUUGUCAGCUUCUGAGUAUCUGAACAUAAAAUCCAUGAGACGUCAAUACAAAGAAGUGAUUAUGUCUGUGGUUGAUGUCUUGUCGGUCUACAAAGAUGUUCUUGCUCUCUAUGAAAAAGGGCUUGAGAUUCUUUCAGAUAAACCUCGUGCUGCCGCUGAGGCCAAAGAAGAUCAAAUUAUGGAAUGCUCGUUUUUUGAGAAAACUCAAUUCGACUGAUUUAUGUAUUGGCUCCAAAGUUGGAACAGAAGCUAUUACUGAUGUUGAUGGUAUGCUCGACUCCGCCACUGAAAAUAAUUGUAGUGGAGUAGCUCUAGUGAAGAGCAGUGAAUUGGGUUUCUGUAACGCCUCAAGACCGGAGCUUCAGAUGCCUUCCAGGGUUUCCGGGUUUUUCGUCAUGU